AGAGUCCGCUGAGCCAACAGUCGUGCGUCGCGGUACGUCGCGAAAGGAACGAUUUUCAUCCGCCGUUGGCCAAACGAAUAUCAGAUUGUCAGGCAAACGAUACCGAUAACAUACAUCCGUCGCUCGAGUUCAUCGUCAAUCGUGCCCUUCGAACACAGCCACGAGUUGCCAGUUUCUGUCUGUAUACUGCUUACCGAAACAACGUGGAACUACCGGCACCCGAGGACCACCAUCGACGCGUGUGCGUUUUCUGCAUAUUUUUAUAAUUACAUACCGCGUUUCUGCUGCACUCGAUUAACAUAAAGUGACCAGUUUAAUAGCUAUCGCUUCAGAGGGUGAUUGGUGGAUUUUAGAUCGAUGAUCGAUCGUAGAAUUCGAAACUGAGAAUAAAUUUCCCAUCGGACGCUUAAAAGAAACUUUAACGAUAAUAGUGAUUGAUUUGUGAUAGUGUGGCGUAGUAAUUGUUGAAGUAAUUUUCGUCGUAAAUUUAAAAAAUAAACAAUAAACUAUCGCUCGCCUUUCGGAAUAUAAACGGCGAAAAGAAUACAAAGCGAAAAUCCGACAAAAGAAGUUUCCCGUCGGCGAGUCGAGCCAAGGUGAUAAUAACAAACAAUUACCGGACGAUUCGUAAACAAAGUAUAGCCCGAUAGAAUGACACAGUGAGUGCAGGGGUCGCCGCCUCGUGGUAUCGGUUGUCGUUGUCGUCGUCGGCGUCGUGUCGUAAUAGUACAUACAUUUCCCGCGUGCAUCGCGGAUUGGUCGAGCCAUAGCGUGGUGGUUUACGACCAGGUGGAUCGGAGCGGGGGAGGGGAGUAGAAGUUGUUUCAUUCAUAAAAAAGUUCUUUAUUACAUUCGGCGCAUGUGCUAUCCAACGUGUACGACACAACUACUCGAACUCACAUUCUCGCGGUCCUCACCGCCUAACGGCAUGAACCGUAAUUUCGUCGCGCAGCACAAAUAACAGCCAACAGCAGCAAGUUGGAAAGAGAGUGAUCCCGAGAUUCUCGAAGUUGGAAACAGUUUCGCGAGACAAGGAAUCAGGCGACGUGAAUGAAUUUUUUAAUCGGCUACAGCAUCGCCUGGGAAUUCGUUCGAAGGACAUCCGGACUUGAUAUCGAAGAUCCUCGGAAUUGAUCGUCCGGCGUAAACAAGGACUGCCGGACUGCGGAGAACGUGAAGCGAUCAAGAUGAGGGGUGAAUCAGCCGCACGACCGGGUAAACGUCCCCUGCGGGCGCUGUCAGCCUCGGAAAAAAUGGACGCGAUACAGAGAGUCCACGAGGGCGAGAGCAAGGCUUCAGUGGCUCGGGAUAUCGGUGUACCCGAGUCGACGCUGCGGGGAUGGUGCAAGUCCGAGCACAAGAUAAGGGGAAUGGCACGUAACUCUUGCACACCGGACAGCGAGGCCCAUUCCCCGGCUUCUAGUUCCGUAAACGCGAACAAUUCAUCGCUGGCGGGGAACAGCGAGGACGAGGGAUGCACCGCGAAGCGGCAGAAAACCGACGCGGACGGUGGUUCGCCGACGGAACAGCUGGACGCCGGCAAACUCGAGGGCGGACAAUCCAAGAUCGACUACGCCGCCCUGAUGGCGAGCGUAGCUGCAAUCAGACCCGAGGGCAGCGGAUCUCUGUUGCUUCAGCAGCUCGGCCUUCUCUCAACCGCGACCAAUGCGAUCGGGAAAAAUUUGCUCCACGUACCGUCCGGCGGUGGGACGCAGAGCAGCCCUGUGGUAGGGCUCGUCGAGAAUGGGCUCCAGUACACGAGGAGCGCCGGGAUAACCAAGAGGCAACAGCAGCAGCAGCAGCAAAGCACAUCGGCAGCGGCGCCGAGCCAAUUGGACACCGUCGACAAAUCCGGAUCGAGGAACAGCCUGCCUCCUGCGGCCGAGGCACCGUUCGCUCCGGCACCGGCAUCGCCUCGCAAGACUAACGACGAUUCCGAGCAUCCCGGUAAGGCGAAGAAGUCGAGUGAUUCCAAGAACUGUAGUAAGGCCGGAGGAGGAGGAGGAGGAGGAGGAGGAGUCGGCGGUAGCGGCGCCGGUGCUGAUGCGGCAGCCGGGACUGGGACGGUCAACAACAAAGUGGACGAAGCUCUGUGGCUGUGGCUGACGCAACAACAACAGCUACUGGGCCAACAGUCUGCGAUAUUCAGUCCUGGCGGUAGUCGGGACCUCGGUGGUUCGUGGUUCUGGAAAUGGUACAAGCAGUACGGUUUCGCACCUACCGCGCCCACACCAGCAGCCGCUGUUAAGAAGUCUCCCACCAAGACGAGGGCACUGCUCGACAACGUUCUCGGGAACAACAACACCAUCAACAGCAAUAACAACAUCAACAUAGAUGAGAGGGAGGAGGAGGAGGAGGACGACGACGACGACGAUGAGGAGAAUGUGAAGCGAAACACCCAAGUUCAACAGAGCAACGGCGAGACCGGGGAUGCACAGCUGACGACCGAGGAAGCUGUAGCCCACGGGGAGAAGUUCCUCAAGUGGUUGGAAAAGUGCUCCCAACCAUCCGUAUCGCGAAUGCAAAUCAUGCAGUUUAGAUAUCUGUUGAACAAUUUGAAAACGUGCAGAAAACCAACGUCCACGUUCAAACGGAGUAGAAAAUAAAUCUAUAUUGUUACCAUAUCGUUCUAGGCAUAGGGUAGUAAGUACCUACCGACCUACCUAUGUAAUAUUACCGGAGAGACGGGGGGAGGGUUUCGUAUUUUUUCAAAAUUAUCAACUCAAUAGAGGUCUGAUUGUUCGCGACACGUUGGCAAAAUUAUUUUACCAUGCCUUAAAUCAGUGAAACUCGGGAGCUGACACGGACGUGAUAGCGACUGCGGGUUGGGGGAACUUCACUGUACGUAAGCAGUAUUUAGCCGAGAAGAUGAAGUAAUAC